UGACAGUAAACUGUCUCUUUUCCUUCUUUUUUUUUAUCUCAGCUUUUUGCUACCCUCUUGUUGGCAGCACCAAGACCCGUGCCGCCGAUGCGAACCCCUAAACGAGAGAUUGACGAAAGCCCAGAAGAGAUCCAUCAACCGUCUUCAGAGCUCGAGCAACCUGUAUUCCAGUAUCAAGCGUCUUCAGAGCUCGAGCAACCUGUAUUUCAGUUAUCGGAUUCCAGAGUACACCGGAGAUUGAAAGAGGGCUUGGAAGCGCAAUCAAAGCGUUCCACAUCCCAUAAAGCUCACAAACGCAAGGCUUUGGCUUUGUGCCCCCACCUGAGGAGUACAAGUGUCAUCAAGGAGCUCAAACUCAAGAACCUCAAAACAACACACUAA